AUGGUCACCUUACGUUUGAAAUCUCUCUACGAGGAUACUUCCGAAUGUGAAGUUAAUGCAUAUAUAUUACCUAAGUUAACCGCUAAACUACCCCCCUUUCGAAUGAAUAAACAAAUAUGGCCUCAUGUCGCCGGACUACAGCUGGCAGAUCCGGACUUUUCAACUCCGGGUCACAUAGACAUAAUCAUAGGGGCUGACAAUUACGGUACUAUAAUACUACCUGGAUUGCAACUAGGAGAAGGUUCCUCACCGAUAGCACAACGAACCAUAUUUGGUUGGGUUCUUUCCGGACCAGUCUCCGCGGAAACAUCUCACUCGGUACAGGCGCAUCAUUGUACUGCCGAUCGAAACUUACAAGAUCUCCUCGCCAGGUUUUGGACGCAAGAGGAAUUCCCUACUUCGGUUACCUCCAUUCGGACGGAAGACGAGGAAAAAUGUGAACAGCAUUUUUUAUCCACACACACGCGGGAUACCACAGGACGUUACGUGGUUCGCCUCCCCCUCAAGUCGGACCCCUCUGUUCUGGGAGAAUCAAAACAAAGAGCGCUCGGAUGCCUACAAGGACUCUUUCAACGAUUUUCACGAAAUCCUGCAUUUCAUCAGCUCUACGCGGACUUUAUAAACGAAUAUAAACGCCUGGGUCAUAUGAAACUGGUCACCAGCGAAAAGGAACAAGCCACUAUGGCAUAUUACUUACCUCACCAUGGAGUGCUCAGAGAACAUAGCAGCACCACCAAACUGAGAGUGGUAUUCAACGGAUCGAGUCUUACAACUCAGGGAUUGUCGCUCAACGACAUUCUUCAUGCCGGUGCCAAAUUACAGACCGACAUUAUUGACAUUUUACUGUGGAUUCGCACUCAUCAAUUCUUAUUUUCAACCGACAUCGAGAAAAUGUUUAGGCAAAUAGCCAUUCAUCCUGACGAUUGGGAUCUUCAAAGAAUCUUGUGGAAAGGGCUGGACGGUCAACCAGAAAUCUACCAGCUCACAACGUUAACGUACGGCCUAAAUUGUGCGCCGUUCCUCGCAUUACGCACGUUGCAGCAGCUCACCGAAGACGAAGGUUCUCGAUUUCCUCACGCUAUUACCCCCUUGACUAAAGGCCGGUAUGUUGACGAUAUCUUCGGAGGAGCCGAAUCCAUUUCGGAAGCCAAGGUUAUCACCGAGCAGUUAAGCAACAUCUGCAAGGCGGGCGGAUUUCCAUUACAGAAAUGGAACAGCAAUUGUCCGGAGAUUCUGCCUUACAUUAAUGAACACUCACAUCUUACGGUUGAGAUCGAACCAACUCUCCACAAAAUCUUAGGCCUCAUCUGGAGACCGGACUCGGACACAUUUCACUUCUCCGUAUCAACGACUACGGAUACUACGCUCACCAAACGGAAAAUCGCAUCCGCUAUCGCGAAGCUAUACGACCCGCUAGGACUGAUUUCACCCAUCCUCGUAUGUGCUAAAAUCAUUUUGCAGCAACUCUGGCUAACAAAGAGUGGAUGGGACGAUCCCACUUCUUCUGACCUACAGGACCAAUGGACGCUCUUCCGACAACAGCUCUCGGAACUCGAGCAAGUUACUAUACCAAGAUGGCUUAAAGGUGUACGUUCCACCUCUCAGAUAGAACUGCAUGGAUUCUCGGAUGCCUCUCAACUCGCGAUGGCAGCUGCCGUGUACGCGAGGAUCCCUCAGGACGACGGCACGUUUUCUGUACAAUUAGUGUGCUCUAAAACAAAGAUAGCACCAAUAAAACGCUCCACUAUCCCUCGCUUAGAAUUGGUCGCCGCACUAUUAUUGGCGCGUCUGAUAAAAACAACAGUUCGGGCGUUGCAGCUUCCAGAAUCAUCCUUGUAUUGUUGGUCGGAUUCUUCUGUUGCGCUCACCUGGAUCAACGCUCACCCGGCACGAUGGAAGGACUUCGUCCACAACCGUGUGCUUGCGAUUCAAGAAAUCAUCCCUAACGGCUCGUGGCAUUUUGUAUCUGGGAAAGAGAAUCCUGCGGACUGCGCUUCAAGAGGCCUCAGACCGGAUCAAUUGAUUAACCACCCCUUGUGGUGGCAGGGCCCCAGCUGGCUAAAGGAAGCAAAGGCAUUCUGGCCUUCUGAAAACUGUCGACCAGAAUCGGGUAUCAAUCUAGAAGAACGACCCGGGCAAGUCAUGGUCGCGACCGCCCCGGCUCAUUCCUACUGGAAUCUAUUGGAUAAAUAUUCCUCCCUCACAAAGCUAUUGCGAGUCACGGCCACCUGCCGUAGAGUCGCCGCAAGGCUCCAAAAAUUGCCGCAAUCAUCACCGGUGCACUACCCCCUGACGCCGACUGAAAUAACUCAAAGCCGCGACAUAUGGGUACGGCUAGUUCAACGGGAAUGGUUCUCAAACGAGAUUCGAUAUAUUACAAAGGGAAAUCCGUUACCAAAAUCAAACCCACUGGUAAGGCUCACGCCCUUCCUGGACAGCGAGGGACUUUUACGAGUUGGAGGACGGUUGCACAAUGCGGCACUCGAUCCGGAAGCUAAACACCCCCUCAUCUUACCAAGAAGAUCACCGCUCACAAUCCUCAUAGUAGACGAUGCACAUCGCAGAACAUUGCACGGAGGCACGCAAGUUACCCUAAAUUGUAUCCGAAACCAAUUCUGGAUCAUCGGUGGAAGAGCACCUGUACGAUCGCGCAUAUUGAAGUGCGUACGGUGCGCGCGCUAUCGAGGUACUCGGGCACAGCAACUCAUGGGGCAGCUGCCGUCCGUUCGAGUUACACCGGCGAGACCUUUUCAAAACUCUGGUCUAGAUUAUGCCGGACCCAUUACAUUAAAAACCUGGAAAGGGCGGGCGGCGCGCACCUAUAAAGGCUACCUCGCCAUUUUUAUUUGCCUCGCGACCUCCGCGAUACACAUAGAAGUAGUUACGGACUACACCACUGCCGCCUUUAUCGCCGCAUUCAAGCGCUUCACCGGCCGGCGGGGCAUCUGCAAUACCCUACAGAGUGACUGCGGAACCAAUUUCCUGGGAGCUGACGCUGAGCUGCGACGCCAGUUUGAUUCUUCUUCCACCGAACUGAAAGAGCUAGCCUCUUUACUCGCUACAGACGGUACGGAGUGGAAAUUUAAUCCUCCGUCUUCGCCACACUUCGGCGGACUGUGGGAGGCCGCAGUCAAGUCCACAAAAUACCACCUGAAACGGGUUCUGAGAGAAGCGGUGCUAACAUACGAAGAAAUGACGACUGUCACCAUACAAAUAGAAGCUGUCCUCAAUUCAAGGCCGCUGUGUCCACUAUCCGAAGACGUCAAUGACUACUCCGCCUUAACUCCAGGGCAUUUCUUGAUCGGGGAACCUCCAGCUAUUAUCCCAGAACCAAAUUUGGCAACGGAAAUAACUUCGCGUCUUUCUCGCUGGCAACUUCUCAAGCAGAAGCUGGAUCAGUUUUGGAACCGGUGGUCCUCGGAAUGCCUGCAGCGAUAUCAGGCCAUAUCCAAGUGGCAUCACCCCUCGCAUGAAAUUAAGGAGGGAUCCUUGGUACUAAUGGUGGAUGAACGUUAUCCGCCCGGAAAAUGGCCCCUCGCGAGAAUCACACAAUUGCAUCCAGGAGCCGACGGAUUAAUCAGAGUUGUCUCUUUACAGACUGCCUCCUCCAGUUACAAAAGACCGAUAGCUAAA